AUGGGAAGCAUGUUAAAAACAGCAUGCUUCACUUUCAUUAUUUUCAUAGUAGCACUUGAAGAAGCAGAAGGCCGUGCCCUUCAUAGCAGUGCUUCUGAGUUGGUUUCUGAUGGAGUUGAUGAUGUUCAACCAGAAAAUUCACACCUGUUUCUCAAAGGGAGUGAGCCUUCUGUGAAGUACUGUGAGCAAAUGUAUGGCUUCUUGCCAUGUUCCAACAACAUUCUUGGUCAUUUGUUCCUAAUUUUGGUGUAUGAGUACUUGUUAUUCCAUGGAGAAUCAUACUUGGCUGCUGGAGGUGAUCAAGUCUUUAAGAUUCUUGGACCUGGCAUUUUUGGUGCUAGAGUCUUUGAUAUUCUUCGUGCUCUUCCAGAGCCUUUAAUUAUUCUUGUUUCUGGACUUUUUAGUGAUAAAGAGAGUGCACAAGAGUUUGCUUCAACUGGAGUUGGCUUGUUGGCUGGAUCUUCCAUCUUGCUUCUGACAAUUGUGUGGGGAACCUGUGUUAUCGUUGGCAGUGAAAAGUUUAAAAAUGACACUAUGUCUGGUGACUCUAAUGCCUCAGACUCAUCAAGUGGAAGCAUAAAAAAUUCUCUAACUGGUUUUGGGAUUACUUUGCAACCAGAAACUAGGAGUACGGCAAGUAUCAUGGUUUUCUCAGUUAUACCACUCAUCAUAAUGCAGAUUCCUACUUUAUUCCGGCUUUCUUCCACACCACGUGCUGUGACCUUAGUGAUUGCUCUUAUCAUUGCUGUCAUUUUUCUCAUCUCAUCCUUCAUUUACCAGAUUUUUAGACCUCAAAUUCAGAAAACAAGACUAGAAUAUAUAAGACAUGGUCCUUUGAUAUUAAGAGUUUUUCAACGUGUUGAAAAGCAAACUCGGCAAAUGAUCCUCUCCGAGGAUGGGACUCCCAAUGUAACAGCCAUAAUUGGGGUAUACAAUGAAAUCAGUGAACAUGGGGGCAAGGAUUUAUUAAUUUCUGAAAUAAAAGAGCGGCUGCUUCAGAACAAAGUAACGGAAACAAAUAUAAAAGAGGAACAAAUAGCAGACAUGUUAAGAACUUUUGACCGAAAUGGUGACCAAAUUAUCACCAAGGAAGAAUUUGUGGAAGGCAUAACAGAAUUUAUUAACCAAACAAAGCAUGCUCUGGAUAGUCAAUACCUCCCAAAAAAAGCGCUGAACAGAUUGUAUCAGGUUUUUAUCAAGCCAUGGAUUGAACACACAAGAAAAGAACGUGAAAUGAGGGGACAUGUUAUAUCUGAAGUCUUAAUGCAUGCUCAGAGUGAUACAGUUGGCAGGCUUCGUAAAGAUGAUGGCACACCUGAUGAAUCUGCUAUCAGAAGGUUAUUUGAUGAAAUUGAUAGCAAUGGGGAUAACCAAGUCUCUAGAUCCGAGUUAGAAAAACUAGUCAACAGCAUUCAUGUCGAUAAUGCAGAGGUGGCAGUUACAAAAUUGUUUCAAGAACUUGACAUUAACAGAGACAAUGAAAUUAGUGAGAAGGAAUUUGUUGACGGGUUCAGAAAAUUGAUAAACACAAAUUCCAGUCAAGCUACUCACUCAUUAUCUCUGCCUCAUGGAAACCAUCAAACCUGGGAAGACGUUGAAAAGGUGUUGGAAGAUAAUCAGAGCAAAGGAGUAUAUGCAUGGUUGAACGCUUUAGGAUAUGUGGUGCUGGGAAUUACUAUGUUGUCUCUUCUGGCAGAGCCCCUAAUAGCCAGUGUCGAGAAAUUCUCUGAAGAAGCAGGAAUUUCAUCACUUUUCAUCUCAUUUAUUUUAGUCCCUCUGGCUACAAAUUUUAGAGAAGCAACCUCAGCAAUCAAAGAAGCCAGCCAUAAGAAGAGAAGCAAUACUUGUCAAACAAUUUAUGAGAUUUAUACAGCUGUGUUCAUGAACAAUAUUCUUUGCUUUGUGGUGAUCUCCAUUCUUAUAUAUGUGCGAGAUAUCACUUGGGAAUUCUCUGCUGAUGUGCUUGUUGUAGCAAUUUUGUUUUCGAACAACCCUGAGGCAUCGAAUGCUAAUGCUCUGCCAGAUCCUAUUUUGACUGCUUUAGUUAGACCGCAAAGUGGUCGUAGGGCAAUAGGUGGACAAUUUGAUCCUGUGGCGGUCACUACGGCAGCCGUGCAAAGGGAGUUGACUGUUAGUUGCCAGGCUAGUGAAACAUUAAUGAAGACUAAUGAAGAUGCGUGGAAUGCUAUGACCACGAUGGUGAAUGAGUUGAGGACAAUGAAGGGUGCUAGGAAUGAGAACAGACCACUGAUUCCUCCUGCUCACACUGCCACGCCUACUCCACUCACUCUCCAUGAAGAAGGUGGAGCGGGCUAUGAUCCGUUGGUUACGGCAAAAUGGCUCCAAGCUAUGGAGAAAAGUUUUACGAUGAUGAGAUGCCCUUAUUCACUGAAGUUGGUUUACUCAAUGUACAUGCUUGAAGGCGAGGCCGAGGAUUGGGAGGCUAGGGAGAGGAAACAGAACGAGUACAAUGAUUUGAAGCAAGGGUCGAUGACCAUUGAUCAAUAUUUUGCCAAGUUUAAUGAAUUUGUGAAAUAUGCUAAUUACGGGAGAGCCCUACCUACUUCAACCGAGAUGACCUCCAAGUUUCAAUGGGUCUAA